GAGACAAUCCCGCACUCUUCGCACUACUAUACCCAAUGCGUAUGAUCUCAGCAGAUAAUUGCACGGUCCCCAUGAGGGUGGAAGACCGAGGCUCACAUUUUUGUACUCUUUGCCUUAUCAAGUAUCAAAAGGUGAACCAUUAUUAACUUUCUUGGAAGAGAGAGGCGCGACAUAGCAGAUCAUAUGUUUGUGGAAGAGGUGUUGUCAACCACUUCCCCUUACGCGACUAUCCAUACAUAUCACUUCUUUGCACGUUAUCUUUGGCCAGACUCGCUAGUGUGCAGUAUGGGAAGAUAAGCUAGCAAGAUCUUCAUUCAAGAUGAGUGUUGCUACGACUCACGAGGACAAGGAUUGGCCACCUGGAACGGUCAGGAUUGAAGACUUGUUCCAAGGAGACAAAAUCAUUCAGCAGCCUCGUCCAACCUCCGACCCCAACGACCCAUUGAAUUGGUCUCGAUGGCGCAAGUACUUGAACUUUGGACUGGCGUGCACGUAUGUCAUGCUCGUCUACGCGGAUGUCAACGCCGUUACCCCUACCUGGGGACCUAUGAAUGAGUACGGUUUCAGCUACGACAUCCUCAACGACAGCUACGCGACAGGCUGUGCUGGCCUAGCACUCGGAGGUCCUCUUUUGAUCCCAUUUGCCCUGAAGUAUGGUCGGCGACCAGUUUACAUCGUCAGCCUGUUAGGUCAAUUCGCCAUUGCAAUCUGGACGGCGAAGCUUAAGACCGUGGGCGACCUCAUCGCUGUCAACACCCUCAACUGUUUCCUUGGAGCUCUAUGUGAGAUCAUGGUCCAGAUGACCAUCGCGGAUUGCUUCUUCGUCCACCAGAGAGGACGUAUGAACAGUUUCUACGUUUGGUUUCUGUUCAUAGGCGGAUCCCUUGCACCUCUUGCUGCUGGAUAUGUCACUGUCGACCAGGGCUGGCGUUGGGUGUGGUGGUGGAUGGUCAUUCUUUUCGGGAUCAGCAUUCCAAUCUACAUCUUCGGGUUCGAAGAAACAAAGUACGUUCCAAAGCACGAUGGCAUUGAACCUGUCGAGCUCCAGGACCCUUUGGCAUUGGCCAGCAGCGCUCAUCCCAAAGCCCUGGAAGCGGACUCGAAAGCUGCCGACGGUGAGACCAAUGCCUUCAAUGCAAACACGGUGCACUCUACCGACGUGGAAAUCGAUCACUCCAUUCCACUGAAGUCAUACCGACAACGCCUGAGCUUUCUGCAAACAUCACCAGGCACUUGGUCGCAGUUCUUUCGACACGCCUAUCAGCCUUUGCAGAUCUUCGUCAGCAUCCCCGCGGUCUUCUACAUCUGUCUGGUAUACGCCAUCAUCAACUCCACGAUGACCAUCGCCAUUACGGUGUCAUCCGAGUACCUGUAUGAUCCGCCUUGGAAUUUCAACUCAGCAGAUGUCGGCCUCAUGAGUCUUCCACCAUUUAUUGGCAUAUCACUUGGAUUGCUCGUCACUGGACCUGUUAGCGAUUGGAUCAUUCUGCGCUUGGCCAAGAGGAACAAUGGCAUCUACGAACCGGAAAUGCGACUCUGGGUGAUCGCGGCUUUCGUACCUUUCCUACCCGCUGGUGCCUUUAUGUUCGGGAUCGGUCUGGGCCAUGAAGCGUCCUGGGGUGUGAUUGCCGUGGGAUUCGGAAUGCUCGCCUUUGGAACCGCGCCUGCUGCCAGUAUUGCUCUGACCUAUAUGACGGAUUCUUACCAAGAUAUCAUCGCUGACUCAAUGGUCGCAUUGACGGUUACCCGCAACAUCGUCGCCACCAUCUUCGUGUUCGCAAUUUCUCCAUGGAUCGACGGAAUUGGAGUCCAGAACGUUUUCAUCAUGUGUGGUGUUCUGAUGACUGUCAUCGUUGGCUCCGUUUUCAUCUUCAUCUUCUUCGGAAAGAGGCUUCGUGUCAAGGCUGCCAGAAAGUAUCGCUAUUUUGCAGAGCGACAGUAUGCCACCAGGGUUAUGUAGGGUUGAGCAACAAGAGUUUGUUGCUGGGAUGUCGAGUCUACGGAUGACUUUCUGGAAUUGUGUACAACGGACAAGUGGCCGUUUCGAGUGCUAGGAAAUGGUCAAUUUGAAUAUCUUUAUGAUAAGCAAGGAGGUUCGUCUUGCAAACUUCUUUGCUUGUUGUAAGAUACAAUGUCAGGACUCUCAAAUCGAUGACAUUUAGUGUUCAGAUCA